CGUCUUCUCCCCCAGCGCCAUGUCCAGACAGAACGACCCUUUCGUGACAAGCAGCCAGCUGCGGCGACGACUCUUGUUCUGCACGCUAUUUGCGACUGUCGCGCUCGUCCUCGUCGUGUCUCAUGUCUAUUACCCCGAUGCGCUAUCAUCCGACACCUCGACGGAAACAUGGGUGCUCGAGCUCGAGCUGGACGACCCGACCGAUGCAGGCAAUGGCACAACGAGCAAGGUGGACUUGGCGGAUCCAGAGAUCCUCGCAGCGAUGCGUGUCGACGAGCUCUUCCGCAGACAGUCUCAGACGGUUGCGGAGGCGGCGACCAAGUACAGCAUGCGCUAUAACAGACCCCCGCCACCCAACUUCGAUAGAUGGUUUGCCUACGCCCAGGAGAACCACUGUCUCAUCGACGACUACCGCCAGAUCCAGCGGGACUUAGAGCCUUUCUACCAGCUGGCGAGAGAGGAUCCGGACCAUUUCCGGAGAAUGGCAGAUUUGGGCUCGCGCUUGCUGCGCGUCGACCCAAAAGGAAUGGUCGCAAUCAGGAUUGUGGAUGGGCAGGUCCGGCUGCCGGACUACGCAGGAACGCCGUAUGACGGAGAGUGGCAGCGCGGCAUGUCGAAUGUACGUCCGCCUUCCGUUCUGUCUCCGCCUCCUCCUCAUGAGAUCCAGUUCUCGUCCGUGCUGCCCGACAUGGAGUUCCUCAUCAACGGAAGAGACGAGCCUCGCGUCGUUUUCAACACCGCCGAUCCGAACAACCGCAAGGCGGCGCUGAUGAUAUCGGAUUCACAGCCCUUCCGACUCACACCCCUCCCCACCGCCGACUUCUUCAAAGAUCGCAGAGAGUGCGCCGUGAUAGACACCGACCAAGGGUUUGGCAUCGACGCCCUCGACGCUGUUCCUUUUAUCCGGUCCAGCUCGACAUCCGAGUUCACGACAGACCUCUAUCCCCUCCUCAGCAUGACCAAGCUCGCGUCCCCGUGUUUCGCUGACAUCGUCUUCCCCGCGCAAUGGUAUUACGCCUCGUCACCAUGGUCUGGCAAUUUCCAGCACGCGGACGACAUUCCUUGGCAAGCGAAGAAAGACGUCUUGUACUGGCGCGGCAUGUCGAACAACGGCCAGAUCCUCCACCAGAACUACCAUGCUUUCACCCGAUUCCGGCUCGUCAAGCUCGCAGCGACACGUCCAGACAUCAUGGACGCGAAGAUGACGGGGUGGUUCCCCGGCCACUGCACGACAGACUGCGUCCCAGAGCCAAUCAUCAAGGAAUACAUCACCCCCGGGGGCGCGCAUCCCCGCGAGGAGGUGUACAAGUACAAAUUCGCGCUCGACGUCGACGGCCACACGUUUUCGGGGCGUUUUCUCGGGUUGCUGAGGUCUGGGUCGCUGGUGUUCAAGGCCACGGCAUUCACGGAGUACUUUUCAGACUGGCUGCGGCCGUACGAGCACUACAUCCCAGUCCGGAUCGACCUGGCGGACCUCGUGGAGAAGGUCGAGUGGGCGAUUGCGCAUGAGGAGGAGGCGAGGCAGAUCCAGCUCAACGGGCUACACUUUGCAGAGCGGGUCAUGACAGACCGGCAAAAUGACUGCUAUCUUGCGGCCGCGUUGCUGGAGUGGGCAAGGUUACAGAGCGGUCGCACGUAAUGUGGUGUAUCCAGAUCGGUAGGCCAGAGCAAAAGACGAUGAUCGGAUGAAGUCCCUGAUAGCCCUGAGUCUUUUGCACGGAAAUGGAAUGCACACGACGGUACGAGACAGUGCGAGUUACUUUCCGUCUGGAUCAGAAAAGUUUUGCGACAGGACAGAGGUCGAGAUCCUGAAAAUAGGACGCCCUUACCUACACACACCAGUGUCAACGACAUAAAAUAAGAAAUUUACACAGACACGAGGCUGCCGGCCGAUGUCAGCAGCAGCGGCAGCAGGUUGACCCCCUCUCCUCUGUGAUUCCUACACCCCAUUUUGUAGACGGUCCUUCGACAUCGGAAUGUUGGUGCGAGCCUGUCCGACUGACCAUCACUGCGGCUCUUCUGAGUCUUCUGGCGGCCUUGUCGAGUGGGUUUACGCAAGUGCCUAUGCCGUUUAGCCAUGUGGACUGUCUCGGAAACCUAUAAGAGCCUGACAGCGUGGCUUUAGACUGCAUUGUUCCGUAUUCCUCUAGAUGUCUUUGCCAUCGGAAACUCCUAUUCUCAUCGUCGGCGCCGGGCCGUGCGGGAUGGCAACGGCGCUCUCCCUGCACAAACAAGGCAUCAAGGACGUGGUGGUAGUCGACGCCAUCGAGCCGGGCGAGAACGCCUCGCGCGCCAUGAUGAUCCACGCAGCGACGCUCGAGGCUUUGGAUACCAUUGGGUGCAUGGACACCAUCCUUCCUCUGGGAUACCAGGUUGAGAAACUCGGGAUGCACGAGGGGCGCUCGAAUUUGCUCACCGCCGACUUUACGACGCUGACAGACCAGACCAAGUUCCCUUUCGGCCUCCUCAUCCCGCAAUCUAGCACGGAGCGGUCGAUCCUGGCCAAGGUGACGGAACUCGGGAUCCGCGUCUUCCGACCGAUGAAGGUCGCUUCGCUCAAGGAGUCCACCGACGAUUCUGGGAGGCUGGAGGUCUCAUUCGAGUCCGGGGAAGUCAUCAAGGCGAAGUAUGUCAUCGGGGCGGAUGGGGCGCAAUCAAUCGUUCGGCAUCACGCAGGGAUCGGAUUCAAGGACCCACAGGGCGAUGGACCACGCGACUUCGGAGACCUCUCGCAGAUGGCGGUCGGUGAUGUCUCCUUCUCCGAGCCACUGGGACCGACCGUGCCUCGCAUCCUACUCCGCAUCGCGAACUUCAAUGUCAUGCUCAUCGCGCAGUUCCCCGACGGAGCGUACCCCAACGUCACGAAACCAGUGUACCGCAUCUCGACCGGAAUUCCGCAGCAGCUGGGAGACGCACCGCAUGCGCCCGGUCUCGAGUACCUGCAGAAGAUGUUCAAUCGGAUGGCCCCCGCGGCCCUGCAGGGUUCCACGAUCGAGACCGUGCACUGGUCGUCGCGCUUCAAGACGCGUUCGCGCGUCUCAGAUCGCCACUUCAUGCGCUUCCCCGGCGGAGGCGUCGUCCUCCUCGUCGGCGAUGCAGCCCACGUCCACAGUCCCCUCGGUGGGCAGGGCAUGAGUCUCGGCCUGCGCGACUCGAUCAGCCUGGGGCCCGUCCUGAGCGCGCAUCUCGGCGCGCCGGAGGAUGAUAGCGGACUUUUGGAGUGGGCUCGAUGGAGACACGAACGGGCGCUGGAGGUGAUCAAGCUGACGGAGCGCGGGAUCGGAUUAGUUACUUCGCCACGAAAGAUGUGGGCGCCCGUGCGCUGGCUCGUCUUCACGGUCAUUCGGAUGCUGGGAACGCUUUGGUUCGUCAGGAGGGCGGUCGCGUUCCGGACGAGUGGUCUGGCAGAGAUCUGAUGCUUUCUCUUCGUUACUUCACACGCUUUAGAAAAUGUCCCCGACAAGAGCGGG